AUGUCGCAAAACGGAACCAGUCCUCUCGCAGUGGGAUUCCUCGGAAUCGGCAACAUGGGCUGGGGAAUGGCAACGAAUGUUGCUUCCAAAAUUCCCAAGGCCUCUAAGCUGAUUGUUUAUGACGUAGAUAAUAUUCGACUGGGCGAGUUUGUUGACCAGGUCGAAAAUACUCAAGCUGCGGAAUCUCCGAAGGAUGUUGCAGAGAAAUCUGAUGUUAUUAUCACCUCAUUACCCACAGGCGAAGUGGUAAAGAAUGUCUUUAGUAACCCGUCGACUGGACUACUGAGUGCCUCAAAUGGCAAUCGGCCAAAGUUAUUUCUCGAAUGCUCGACUAUCAGUGCAUCUACAUCUCUACUGGUUGCGAAACUCGUCCAGGAUUCCGGAUUGGGAGACUUUCUCGAUACACCUGUCUCCGGAGGCCCUGCAGCGGCAAGAUCGGGCACACUGACGUUCAUGGUUGGUGGAGACAAAAAACUUGUGGAUAAAGCGAUUCCAUUCCUACAGUGGAUGGGACUCAUCGAGAAUAUAUUUCACUGCGGUCCACUAGGCGCAGGGCUUGUCACGAAGCAACUUAACAAUUAUGCUGCUAAUGUUAGCUUUGUAGGUCUUUGCGAAGUGAUGAAUGCUGGAGUGCGUUACGGACUUGAUCCAAAAGUUCUCGCAGGAGUAAUCAAUGUGAGCAGUGGAAUGAGUUGGAAUUCGCUUCAUCAGAACCCAGUCAAGGGAGUUGAUCCUAAGUCGUCCGCUGCUCGCGAUUUCAAAGAGGGUUUCAAAACCGAACUGGCUAAGGGCGUGAUUGACUUGGCAGUAGAGCUGGCAGAUGAAAUAGGAGCCCCUCUCGUAAUGGGUCAACCCUUACAAAGUGUCUAUGAAAGGGCACUGAAGAACGAUAAAUGCCGUGGCCAGGAAUGCCGCAGCAUAUACAGGCUGUUUUCAGAGGACGAGGGCAAAGAUCUGUUAGAAUAA